CCAACCUCCAGAGGGUGGGCGUCAGAAGCUGUGCAUUGUGGGGGCUCACUUGUCGUGUCUCUUCCGUCAAACACGACAGCCUUUUCCCGGCAGGAAUUCCUACUAAACUGAGAGCAUUUGUCCCACGACCGAUUGCCACCAUAGCUGAAGCUUUCUCUUCCGAGAGCUUCAGCUGACCGAAUCUUGUAUUCGGCCAGGAUUUCCACUGCAAAAUCACGACAGCCUGGUCUGCCACUUCGCGAACCGAAACUUCACUGCACACUGUACACGAUCCACAGAGCCAGCCCAUCAUGAGAAUACGACUCCCUUUUGCGGGAGUCUUCUUCUUCCUGCUCCUCAUCGCAGGUUACGCCGGUCUGACGUCACUGCAACUCGGCGAGCUUAUCAACGACAAGCUUCUCCAUCUCAUUACAUUCUUCGCCCUCACUGUAGUCUUCUACUGGAUUGUCGACACGAAUCGUCGUCGCACUCUGAACCUGACCCUAACGGUCUGCACAUUCUCCCUCGGCGUCGGCUCCGAGUUCCUGCAGGCGCUGCUUCCCAACGGCCGAGACUUCGACGUUUACGACAUCGCUGCGAACCUCGUUGGUAGCCUGGCGGGACUGGCGCUGUGCUCAUGGUAUCACAAGCGCAUGCGCAAGGGAUACCAGCCUGUCGACGGUGUGGACGGUGACCCUGGCGAAGAGGAUGUUGAGCUGGGCGAGGGUCUGGGUUACUCUAACGACGGUGGUCAUGAAGAGGGUAUCACGGAUGCUCCCGUCUAUACGGAACCAAGUGGACCCGUUGGAGACAGGGGCUUGACCUUGGAGGAGGAGGUUGACAACUGGGACGAGAAUGGCGAGGACGCAUGGGACGAGGCGGACGUGGGCGACAUUGGCGACGCGACCCCGGCUGCCAAGAGCCAAGGAAUCGAUGCGGAAAAUGGUGAUGGAAAGCCCCCAAAAAGAGCCGACUGAGAGCGGACUUGUAAAAUCAAGAUUGUGUGUUAUUUUUAUGAUAAUCAUGAGCAGAAUUCGACGCAUUAAAUCCUUUAGCCUAGUGUUUAACUGUUCAAUUAUUGUG